AUGCCACACUCUUAUGGUAUCCGAGCCCGAACGCGGUACAUGUUCUCCCGAGACUUUCGGAAGAAAGGACCUAUAAGUCUUUCUACCUACCUCAAGACAUAUAAGAUCGGUGAUAUCGUUGACAUUAAAGCCAACGGUGCCAUCCAAAAAGGCAUGCCCCACAAAUUUUAUCAUGGACGUACUGGGAUUAUUUAUAAUGUGACAAAAUCAGCAGUCGGUGUUAUCAUCAAUAAGCGAGUUGGAAAUCGUUAUAUUGAAAAGCGAGUUAAUAUUCGUAUUGAGCACAUCAAGCAUUCGAAAUGUAGAGAUGAUUUCUUACGUCGUGUUAAGGAAAAUGCAAUUAAAAAGAAAGAAGCUAUUGCUAAAGGAGACAAAAGCAUUAACCUCAAGAGACAACCUGCCCAACCUAGAACUUGUCACUUUGUGUCUACCAAAAAGAAUUUUCCUACAACCAUCACACCCAUUCCAUAUGACACUCUUGUUUAA